GGGGGCGCGUCCGUCACGGGGCAGCCCCCGGCCCCGACCGGAGGGAUGCGGAGUGGCGGCCGUGGCAGUGGCGGAGACUGUGGCUUUAAGAGCGCGCCGGGAGCCCGCGGUGCAGCCGGGCGGUCCUCUGCUGCUGCGCAUCCCCGCGGAGCCGGGCCCGGCGCUGGCCGGACGGGGCAGUCUGCCGCCGGGCUGCUGAGAACCAGCCCUAGACCUCUGCUUGAGGGUCCUUCCUCUGAAGACAUCACCAGUGUGUGGAGCCCGCCCCACACCCACCCCCUGCCAAACCACGGCCUUUACCUGUGUCUUCCGGUGUUUCCCGUGCGACCCGUCCUGUGGGAGUGCCUCGUGGGCUGCCCCAGAGUUCACCCCACGAUCAGCGGCGCCAAUGGUGAAGAUGACAAGAUCCAAGACUUUCCAGGCAUACCUGCCCUCCUGCCACCGAACCUAUAGCUGCAUUCACUGCAGAGCUCAUUUGGCCAAUCACGAUGAACUAAUUUCCAAGUCGUUCCAAGGAAGUCAAGGACGAGCGUACCUCUUUAACUCAGUAGUUAAUGUGGGCUGUGGCCCUGCAGAAGAGCGUGUGCUGCUCACAGGCCUGCAUGCAGUUGCAGACAUUUACUGUGAAAACUGCAAAACUACGCUGGGCUGGAAAUAUGAACAUGCUUUUGAAAGCAGCCAGAAAUAUAAAGAAGGCAAAUACAUCAUUGAACUAGCACACAUGAUCAAGGACAAUGGCUGGGACUGAUCGCACCACAUCCACCCAACCCAGUGUCCUCGUGAACGCCACCCAACCGAACAUUCUACCCAAGCGUGAGAGAGUGACUGAACACUUGGUUCCAUCCAUGUAGGGGCCUUGCCAUCUGGGGCAUCCUCCCCCCCGACACCAUCUUUCUGGUGACCGGCCUCUAAAUCACUGUCUCUCUGUCUCUUUGCUUUGUAUCUGUUUGUGAGUUGACCCUGGCUUCUCUCUCUGUCCUAGUGUUGGCUGAAAACAAAACAAUGAAAGGAACAGAUCCUUGACCGCAUUGUGGCAGCCCACCUUGAUAAGGGCCCCCGGUCCUGUGCAAGAGCUGCCUGACGGCCUCUUGUCAGGAGAGCAGUGGCAUGGGGGUGAGAGGAAGAGGGAAAAGGGGGAAACCCUGGGAGUCCUGGGGAUGGGUAGGGGGUGGGAGGGUGGAGGUCGCAACAGAAUUGAGCUGCUCCUGGAGACCUGAUAACUUAGGCUUGAAAUAAUUGUCUUGUCUAAAAGGACAAA